AUGAAACCUUCCUUUGUUUUUGCAAUAAUUUUUGGUCUAUUAGUUCCUCUUUCUCAAGGCUAUCUGAUAUGGGUACAAAACAAAGUAGUUUCUGGUACUCUUACUGCGGCUUCAGCCACCUUAACAAAUCUAACUGGAAACUGGACUUGGAACAAAACCCCUGAAAUCUCCGGUGGAAUGGCAAUGUCAGACAAUGGAUAUCAUUUUGAAGUCCCUAACGAUAUACAAUCAUAUUAUCUUGUUUUCGGAUUUUAUCCAUUUAUAACAGAUAAAUGGCUUGGCCCAUUCGAUAAUUAUGAGCAUAAAUGUUGGCACCUUCAUGGUGAUGCUGAAUAUAAUUGGCAAGUAUAUCCAUGUGAAUGA